CUAUUAGGUUUUAAUUUUCCCAAAUUAUCGUAGUUUUACGCUCAUACUCGGACGCCGCUCGGGAUGACGAACAUGAACAAAAGAAGACGAUAUAACAUGAAGUUUAUAACAGGUUUAAAACCUUUAAACGUAUCAGCGUGUAAACUGAAAGAUUUUAAAUAUUGAUUUAUAUGAAGGAACUUCGACUGUUAAAGUAGAAAAAUGAGUUUGUAAUGGUAUACAGUUUGAAAGAAACGUGACCAUUAAAGAAUCCAUUUUACGUAAAUAAAUAUCGCUAUAUUGUGUACCAAAAGACAUCGCGACAGAUGUGCUUCAAAGUGAAAUUCAACAGGAACACAUCGUUACUUGGGUGCGCAUCGAAGAAUUUACCGGAGCCUAAGCCAAACAAAUUAAAACGAUGGAUACUGUAACUAGAAAGUGAACGCUAAAUCCAAUAAACCUGAUUUUGACCACAACUACAUGUACGGUGCUGCUAACGGUUACCCAUCUCAAAUGGCUUCUGACCCGUAUACGGCAACAGUGAUGGAUAUGACGCUUGAUUGUCAUCGCACAUGCGCCAGUGAUGCAUACAAAACGAGUGAUAUUGCAGAAAAAACUGAUAUACUGGACGGAACCCAGACCGAAAUUUUAGUGGAAGGCAUUCCAGAUGGAGUUGAUGAAGAAAUUUUGGAAAUGUUGUUUUCGUCAAGAAAACUUAAAACAUGUUCAGUAGUUGCUGUUGACUUUGAUGGUGUUGAACGGAAUGCCGUUAUAAAAUUUGAAAAUCAUGAAGAUGUGAAGACAAUAAUGAACAGCCGUCCGAUCACAAUUAAGAAGAAGGAAAUAUCUGUGAACAUUUUUACUCCAAAAACGUUAUGUACAAUAAUUGUACGGGGACCUAAAGACAUCAUGAAAGCGGAAAAUGAAGAAACAUUUGAGAUGUAUUUUGAGAAUCCAAAAAGAUCAGGCGGUGGAGAGGUUGUGGAUAUAUGCUUCCAGUCAAAGCAAAGUGUCUUUUACAUAACAUUCAAAGACGAAAAGGUUGCCAAAACUGUUGUAGACAAAGGAAACCACUCCUUAUUUCGGAAACAAAUCAAAGUGGAGCUUAUGAAGCCUAACCGUUCAAGUCGAGAAACAAUGGCUUUAACCGUUUCAGGACGAGAUGAAGAUUUUAAGCACAUUGACUCUAUAUCAGUGAAAACAGUUAAAGUUUAUGGAAUCAGUAGCUUGUCUAACAGAGAGUCCGUUCAUUUGUAUUUUGAAAGCAAUAAACAAUCGGGAGAUGAUAUAGAAAGAUACAAAGUUGAUGAAUAUGAUGACGAUAUUAUUUACAUUCGAUGUAAAGACGAAUCAGUCGCUACAUCUUUAAUUGAGAAUAAACACAUAAUAGACGGCCAUGAACUGAAUGUGUCUUUGUAUUCUUCACCACCACCCAUGUACCCGAACAGACUGCUGGUAAAAGGACUGAACGCACGGAUUACAUUUAGUAUUUUGGAUCUGUACUUAGAGGCUAAAGUUGGUUUAACUUUGGUUCCGGGCACUUUGAUAUACCAUGCUGAGAAAGAAGAUACUAUCAUGGUUACAGUAAACGGUGACUUAGAUAUUUCGUUGGUGGAAGAAGCAUGCGAAUCGAAACCCUUAGAAGGUUCCUUAUUGCGGUUCCUACCAGUGCCCAUUUCCAAAUGCGUGCUCGUGUCGAACCUCAGUGAUGCUAUGACUGAGGAUUGGAUUGCUCUCUAUUUUGCAAACACAAAGAGAAGCAACGGGGGUUUCGUAGAAAAAGUAAAAAUGAUUCAAACUAUGAACGCCUGUGUGGUACACUUUGCUGUGGUUGGAGAUGUGAAUAAUGUGCUCUCGAAAGAGCACGUGCUGGACGGGAGAAAACUUGAAGUAAAGAUAUAUUUCCAAUGCAUCAGGCGGGCAGAAAAGGACACAGAACAAGGGCAAUUUAAACAACCGGCUCCUUUUACAGUGAAGGCAAACAUUCAAAAGAUAAAAUUUCUGCGUCGUAAUAGUUUCCACAAAAUGGCUGUUGAAAAGCAGUUAGCUACGUUAUACGCCACAAUACAUUGGCCUUUAGAAAAUGCUGGUGAGGAUGUUGAAUUAUUUUGUACGUUAUCAGAAAAUAUAGAAGACUGUGCGACACUGGCUAAGGACUGGACGGCCCGUGCAAAAGCAUGUUUUGAAGAUUUUAUGAACACGCUUGCAGUGGAAUAUGUUGUUGUCGAUACAAAUAUUUUAAGAAGCGUGGUUGAAAAGCUUUCCGAAAUUAGCAUCGCUAAUCCCGAAUCAGUUGCUAUUUUGAUACACAGAGACGAAAACAAAAUAUAUAUUGUAGGAAUACAAUUACACGUUUCCUGGUUAACGUCAUCAGUAGAACGAAUCGUGAAAGACAUCAAAUAUUUUAUAGAAAAUGAUCCCUCGUGGACAAAAGUAACAAUUAGCCAUUGCAGGCCGAUGGAAAUUCAAAUGCUUUUGGAAUCUAGAUUCCCAAGUCAAAUGCAAGAUAAAUUUCCUGAAGUAAAAGUAAGAAUUAAUACAAAUAAGAAUGAAAUAGAUAUUGAAGGUAAACAUUUCUCUGUGAACAAAGCCAUGAUUGAGAUGAGCAAGAUUAAAGAUGCUUUUGUCAGAAAUCUAUGCGAAAUCCCACAAGCAACAAGUUUUUGAUCAGUUCUGACAAAGACUACAUUUCAAAGAAGUUAAAAUAUAAUACUUAAGGAAUAUAAAUGGCCAGUUAUGUGUUAUGAGCAAAAAUCAAACAAUGCGUAUUUCUCAAGGUCAAAUUUGCUCCAGAACUCAGAUCAUUAUCAUAGUCAGAAAUGAGCUCUACAUUUGAAAAACAGUUACACGAACGCUCAAAGCAAAGAUAUCUCUAAACAAAACUUUAGAAACACUAACAGUUGUUUGUACAGAUGACAUUAAGUGUGAUGUGUUUACAAUCAUUUACGCUUUUCUGCAUACACAUUAUUAUUUAAGUAUUCUGUGUGUUUUUUUAAAUAAAAAUCCUUAUUUAAUUA